AUCGCUUGCUCCUUCCAAGCUUUACUUUGUAGUUACUUGUUGAGACUUUCUAAAGCCUAGUACUGCUCUGAGAGAAGAGAAAGAAAGCUUUUGAUGGUGCUGCAGCCGCAGAUCAUGUUUCCCUUCUCCUGUUCCUCCUUCCUUUUAUGUUUACAUUUCCUAUGUCUCAUGCUCCUUGUUCAGUGGUUCAAAGCUCAAGCUGCAACUGAUCCAUCUGAAGUGAUCGCAUUGAACACGAUUCUAGGAAGGUGGGGGAAGGCAGCGGCUGCAGGCAAGUGGAACAUCAGUGGGGAUCCAUGCACUGGUUGGGCCAUUGACAAAAAGGGCUUUGAAGAUCCUGAUUUCAACCCCGCCAUCAAAUGUGACUGCUCCUUCGUCAACAACACUGUCUGCCACAUCACUCAGUUGAGAGUAUAUGCCUUGGAUGUGGUUGGUAAAAUACCAGAGGAGCUGCUGAACUUGACAUAUCUCACUUUCCUGAAGCUGGAUCAAAACUAUCUUACAGGACCCUUGCCGGCAUUUAUUGGAAAUUUGACAGCUUUGCGAACCCUGAGUGUAGGCAUUAAUGCAUUAUCAGGGCCUCUACCACGGGAGCUUGGAAACUUGAAGAAUCUGAUUUUACUGGGGAUAGGUACAAAUAAAUUUAAUGGUUCACUCCCUUCAGAGCUUGGAAACCUGACCAACCUACAACAAGUGUACAUGGAUAGUUGCGGAGCAAGUGGUGAGAUCCCCCCAACUCUAGCCAACCUCAAGCAACUAACUAUCUUGUGGGCAUCUGACAAUAACUUCACUGGCAAAAUUCCAGACUUCAUUGGGAGCUGGACAAAUCUAAUCACUUUGAGGAUGCAAGGGAACUCCUUUGAAGGUCCAAUUCCUUCAAACUUUGCUAAUCUCAAGCAAUUGACUGAUUUGAGGAUUGGAGACCUCCUAAGUUCAGGAUCUUCUUUGGCAGUUAUUAGCAACCUGACUUCCUUAAGCACCUUGGUCUUAAGAAACAACAAGAUAUCUGAUGCUAUCCCUCAGGACUUCACAAGAUAUACAAGUUUGCAAAUGUUGGAUUUGAGCUUCAACAAUAUAACAGGAUCGUUACCUGACUCUCUUUUCAAUUUGACCUCGCUCGCUUACUUAUUCCUUGGAAAUAAUAGCCUCUUUGGGAGCCUGCCCGCUCAAAAGAGCUCAUCCCUUGUCAAUGUAGAUUUAUCCUACAAUAAACUCACCGGAAGAUUUCCUUCUUGGGUUAGCCAGAAAAAUUUGCAUCUGAAUUUGGUGGCAAAUAACUUUGUGAUUGAUGAUUCUAAUAGCAGCAUUCUUCCUUCAGGAUUAAAAUGUCUUCAACAAGAUAAACCAUGCUAUCGUGGUUCCCCGAUAUAUUCGUCUUUUGGGAUAAAAUGUGGUGGUAAUAGAAGCAUGGAGGCUUCUGAUAGAGUAGUGUAUGACGCGGAUAAUACUGACCUCACCACUGCAUCGUACUUUGUGACUGAGGGAAACAAAUGGGCAGUUAGCACUGUUGGUCAUUUUGCUGAUGCUUCGUACUUUAGUUAUAUUAUCAACACUUUGUCUCAGUUUCAGAAUACUCUUGAUACAGAACUAUUCCAAACUGCAAGGCUUUCACCCUCAUCACUUAGGUACUAUGGAAUUGGACUUGAGGAUGGAAAUUACAGUGUAAAACUGCAGUUUGCAGAGAUCAUUUACCCUGAUUCACGUACCUGGAAGAGUGUAGGAAGGAGAGUUUUUGAUAUUUACAUUCAGGGGAAUCUACAAGAGAAAGACUUUGACAUAAGAAAGGAGGCUGGUGGAUUCUCAGAUAGAGCAGUUGUAAAGGAGUAUGUAAUUCCAGUAACUAAUAAUUUCCUGGAAAUUCACUUCUUUUGGGCUGGAAAGGGGACCUGCUGCGUACCUACACAAGGAUACUAUGGAGCCUCUGUUUCUGCAAUAAGUGUGUCGCCUUAUGACUUUACUUCAACUGUGAGCAAUGAACCACCAUCUGCUUCAUCGAAGAAGAACCACACAGGGUUGGCUAUAGGGAUUGCGGCUGCAGUUGCAUCUUUAGGACUGAUUGCGAUCUUAGGAAUCUUUAUAUGGAGGUGGAAGAGAAAGCUGAACGGUAAUGAUUAUCAAGAGUUGCUAGAAAUAAGUGCCAAAGCAGAGAUAUUCAGCUAUGCUGAAGUGAGGAAUGCUAGAGGAGACUUUAAUCCUGAUAAUAAGCUUGGACAGGGAGGAUUUAGAUCAUUUUAUAAGGGAAAGCUUUCUGAUGGAAGAGUGGUGGCAGUACAAUUAUUAGAAGCAUCUUGCCAUGGUAAAGAUCAGUUUAUGACAGAGAUUGCAACAAUGUCUGAAGUUCAGCACCGAAACCUUGUGCAACUUUAUGGCUGUUGUUUUGAGGGAAACAAUAGGCUCUUAGUUUAUGAGUAUCUGGAAAACAAGAGCCUCGAUCAAUCACUCUUCGAGAAGAAGAUUUUCCAUUCUCUGAAGUGGCUAUCUCACUUGGAGUAUGCUAUGAGAGGACAUUUGACAGAAAAGGACAUAAACGACUUCACCACCACCAGUUUUGCUGAAACAUUAGCAGAUACCUCUGUUGUUAAUAACCAGUCUUUUGGGCUCGGGGCUCGCCAGAUUGUAGAAUCCUUCCAUAUGGCUGCUGAAUCAAGGUCAUCUUCUGAGGGGAUGUCUCUUCCUCCUCCAACAAAUCUCCAAAACAUUCAAGGUACUACAGUGAAAUUGGAUGGUACUAAUUUUCUACUUUGGUCGACUUCCUUUCAACGGUUUGUAAAUUCUCAACAUAAAAAGAAGUACCUUACUGAGGAAGAACCUAAGCAGAAGAUUGGAGUGAAUGCUCUGUGGGAGGAAGAGAAUGACCUGGUUGUUACUUGGAUGGUUAAUAGCAUGCAACCGAAUAUUGCUAAGCAAGUUAUGAUGAUUAGUUCUGCUAAAGUCAUGUGGGAGACAUUACAUCAAAUACAUUCUCAACAGUCUAAUGUGGCUCGUCUUUACCAAGUCAUUGAGCAAAUUCAUAAUCUUAAGAAGGGUUCUAUGUCACUUUCUGAUUAUUUUGGGACAUUGAAAAAUCUAUGGGACGAGCAAGAUUUAUAUCAACCUCUCACAUCUGAUUUAGAGAAGAUGAGAGCACAGCGCGAGCAAAUUCGAGUUAUCCAGUUUCUUGCAGGACUUGGCCCUGAGUAUGAUCCUAUCAAGAAUCAGAUUAUGACAACUGAUGAGAUACCCUCACUUGUCAAUGUUAUUCAUGCUUUAGGCAGUUUCUCUACAAAUGAGUGGAUAGCUGAUUCUGGUGCCUCAUUACAUAUUACUGGCAAUGCAUCUCAAUUUUCUUCUUUGCAUAAGCUGUCCAAUCCCUUUAAUGUUAGAGUUGCAGAUGGUUCCCUUUCACCUAUUACUGCUCAAGGAAUUGUCCCUGUGUCAGAAACUUUGUCUUUACAUGAUACGAUGAAUGCGAUUGGUGGGGGUUAUGAGAAGAAUGGCCUCUACUAUUUAUCUACCGAUGCCUUUCCUGUUGCUUCUGCCACUCAGUUGUCUCCUGUGCAAAUACACCGUCGUCUGGGUCACCCUAGCCUUUCUGUCUUGAAGCGUCAGUUUCUAGAGUUAGAAUCUAUCAAGUCAUUGGACUGUGAGGCUUGCCAGCUUGGUAAGCAUCACAGAUCAAGUUUUUCUGCUAGAAGUAACAAAAGAGAAGCUAUGCCCUUUGCUCUUGUUCAUGCAGAUUUAUGGGGUCCUUGUAAUAUUACUAAUGUUAAGGGCUAUAAAUAUUUUCUGGUUUUGGUUGAUGAUUGUACCAGAGUCACUUGGGUCUACAUGUUAGGUCAGAAAUCUGAAACUCCUGAUGUUAUUAAGAAGUUUUUUGCUCAAAUAAAAACACAGUUUUCUACUGUUAUUCGCAUUUUUCGCUCAGAUAAUGGUUUGGAGUUCAUGAACUCUACUCUUCAGUCCUUUUUUGAAACGUUGGGAUUAUUGCAUCAGACUUCUUGUGCUCAUACUUCCCAACAAAAUGGAGUAGCUGAACGAAAGCUAAGGCAUUUGUUGGAUGUGGUUCGUACGAUCAUGUUUCAGAUGAAUGUUCCAAGUACUCUUUGGCCAGAUGCUGUUCUCACUGCUUGCUAUCUCAUCAAUCAAGUUUCCUCAUCUAUUAUUGGUGGAAAGGUACCUAUUUCUCUUUUAUGUCCAGAAAUAGAUGUUUUUCCUAUCCCAGCUCGUGUGUUUGGUUGCGUUUGUUUUGUUCACCAAUUUCAAAUUGAUAAGUUAUCUCCUCUAUCUGUGAAAUGUGUGUUUGUUGGUUACUCUCGAACUCAAAAAGGCUAUCGGUGUUAUGAUUCAAACACAAGACGUUACUAUGUGAGUGCCGAUGUAACAUUUUUUGAGGAUAUUCCAUAUUACUCUAAAGAAGGAAAAUCCUUAGAUUCCAAUGGACUUGAUGAAAUACCCUUACCUACAUCUACAUAUCCUCCCAUUAUCAUUCCACCUUCAAACAUAAGACAUGAGUUUCAAAAGGUCUAUCAGCGUAGACAUAAACAAAUUCCCACUAUCCAGAUUGAGACAGAACCACUCACUACUACCAUAGAAAAUUCUCAAGCUCUACCAGAAGAUGCUUCAUAUGAAGGAGAUCCAUCAUCUGAUAGUGUAAAUGAUCUUCAGUUGCUUAUUGAUCUUCGCAAGUUUGCUCUUACACUUGAUAGCACCUAUGUUCCUAGAAAUUUUGAUGAGGCAAAUCAAAUUCCAGAAUGGAGACUUGCUAUGGAAGAGGAAAUUGCUACUUUGCAGUCACGUGGAACCUGGGAGCUUGUCAAUCCUCCCUUUGAUGUGGAUGUAGUAGGUUGUAGAUGGGUGUUUACUAUCAAGUACUUACCUGAUGGAUCUAUUGAGCGCUACAAGGCUCGACUUGUUGCGAAAGGGUAUACUCAAACUUAUGGAGUUGAUUACUUUGAGACUCUCUCGCCUGUUGCACGGCUUAACUCAGUUAGAGUGUUGAUCUCUAUUGCUGUGAAUUCUGGAUGGUACAUUUAUCAACUUGAUAAUAAAAAUGCCUUUCUAUACGGGGAGCAACAUCAUAUUUGCAAGCUUAAAAAGGCAAUCUAUGGUCUUAAACAAAGUCCUCGUGCAUGGUUUGAUAAGUUUAGUAAGGCUAUUGAAAGCUUUGGAUUUGCACGUUCCUCCGCCGAUCACUCAGUUUUUACCAUGCAUCGUGAUUUUGGAUCUGUUAUUUUUAUUGUCUAUGUUGAUGAUAUUCUUAUCACUGGGAGUGACACAAAUGGUAUUGAAGAUACCAAACACUUUCUUCACUCUCAAUUUGUUACAAAAGAUCUCGGUCUACUUAGAUAUUUUCUUGGUAUUGAAGUCACCCCUACGGAUGAUGGCACUAUUCUUUCACAAAGGAGAUAUGUUCUUGAUUUAUUAGUUGAAGUUGGGCUUUUGGAUUGUAAGCCUGUAUCUACCCCAAUGGAUCCAAAAGUGAAUUUGAAUGAUCCCAAUAGUCCAGACUAUUUGGAUAGUCGACGUUAUCGAACCAUUGUGGGAAAACUUUUGUAUCUUACAGUCACUCGACCAGAUAUAUCCUUUGCUGUUGGAAGAUAUAUCAUACAGGGAUCCAAUGAAGAUAGGCGCUCAAUUACUGGAUAUUGUACUUAUGUUGGUGGUAAUCUUGUCACUUGGAGAAGCAAGAAGCAACAUGUCGUUUCUCGAUCUAGUGCUGAAUCUGAAUAUCGAGCAAUGACCCAUACUACUUGUGAAUUAUUAUGGAUUUCUUCCUUACUAACUGACAUGGGUACACCAAUCCAACAUCCUAUACCUAUGUAUUGUGACAAGGCACCUACCUUCAUUGCUAAUAAUCCUGCUUUCCAUGAACGCACCAAACAUAUCGAGGUUGAUUGCCAUUUCAUUCGUGAUGCUGUGAUGCGUGGUCUGAUAUGCACUCCAUUCCUUCAGUCAUCAAAACAACUAGCUGAUAUUUUUACAAAAGCGCUUCCAAAAGCUCACUUUAUGAAGAUCAUGUUCAAACUGGGCAUGCGAGAUGUAUAUGCUCCAAGAUUCAAAGCUCAAUCUACGACUGAUCCAUCUGAAGUGGUCGCAUUGAACACAAUUUUGGGAAGGUGGGGGAAGACAGCGCCUCAGGCAAAGUGGAACAUCAGUGGGGAUCCAUGCACUGGUUGGGCCAUUGACUCGAAGGGCUUCGACGAUCCUGAUUUCAACCCCGCCAUCAAAUGUGACUGCUCCGUCAACAACACCCUCUGCCACAUCACUAAGUUGAGAGUAUAUGCCUUGGAUGUUGUUGGUAAAAUACCAGAGGAGCUGCAAAACUUGACAUAUCUCACUUUCCUGAAGCUGGAUCAAAACUAUCUUACAGGACCCUUGCCGCCAUUUAUUGGAAAAUUGACGGCUUUGCAAACCCUGAGUGUAGGCAUUAAUGCAUUAUCAGGGCCUUUACCAAAGGAGCUUGGAAAUUUGAAGAAUCUGAUAUUACUGGGGAUAGGUACAAAUAAAUUUAAUGGUUCACUCCCUUCAGAGCUUGGAAAUCUGAGCAACCUAAAAGAAGUGUACAUGGAUAGUUGCGGAGCAAGUGGUGAGAUCCCCCCAACUCUAGCCAACCUCAAGCAACUAACUAUCUUGUGGGCAUCUGACAAUAACUUCACUGGCAAAAUUCCAGACUUCAUUGGCAGCUGGACAAAUCUAAUCACUUUGAGGAUGCAAGGGAACUCCUUCAAAGGUCCAAUUCCUUCAAACUUUGCUAAUCUCAAGCAAUUGACUGAUUUGAGGAUUGGAGACCUCCUAAGUUCAGGAUCUUCUUUGGCAGUUAUUAGCAACCUGACUUCCUUAAGCACCUUGGUCUUAAGAAACAACAAGAUAUCUGAUGCUAUCCCUCAGGACUUCACAAGAUAUACAAGUUUGCAAAUGUUGGAUUUGAGCUUCAACAAUAUAACAGGAACGUUACCUGACUCUCUUUUCAAUUUGACCUCUCUCGGUUACUUAUUCCUUGGAAAUAAUAGCCUCUUUGGGAGCCUGCCCACUCAAAAGAGCUCAUCCCUUCUCAAUGUAGAUUUAUCCUAUAAUAAACUUGCAGGAAGUUUUCCUUCUUGGAUUAGCCAGAAAAAUUUACAUCUGAAUUUGGUGGCAAAUAACUUUGUGAUUGAUGAUUCUAAUAGCAGCAUUCUUCCUUCAGGAUUAAAAUGUCUCCAACAAGAUAUACCAUGCAAUCGUGGUUCCCCAAUCUAUUCGUCUUUUGCGAUUAAAUGUGGUGCUAAUAGAAGCAUGCAGGCUUCUGAUGGAUUAGAAUAUGAAGCUGACAAUGCAGACCUCACCACUGCAUCAUACUUUGUGACUGAGGGACAGAAAUGGGCAGUUAGCAAUGUUGGUCGUUUUGUUGAUGCAUCGAACGUCAGUUAUAUUAUCAACACUUUAUCUCAGUUUCAGAAUACUCUUGAUCCAGAACUAUUCCAAACUGCAAGGCUUUCGCCCUCAUCACUUAGAUACUAUGGAAUUGGACUUCAGAAUGGCAAUUACAGUGUAAAACUGCAGUUUUCAGAGUUCCUUUACCAGGAUUCACAUACUUCUCAUAGUUUAGGCCGGAGAGUUUUUGAUAUUUAUAUUCAGGGGAAUCGACAAGAGAAAGACUUUGAUAUAAGAAAGGAGGCUGGUGGAGUCUCAAAUAAAGCAGUUGUAAGGAAGUAUGUAGUUCCAGUAACUAAUAAUUUCCUGGAAAUUCAUUUCUUUUGGGCUGGGAAGGGGACAUGCUGUGUAGUAAACCAAGGUUACUAUGGAUCCUCUGUUUCUGCUAUCAGUGCCUCGCCUUAUGACUUUACUUCAACUGUGAGCAAUGAACCACCAUCUGCUUCAUCGAAGAACCACACGGGGUUGGCUGUAGGGAUUGCAAUUGCAGUUGCAACUUUAGGACUAAUUGCAAUCGUUGGAAUCUUUAUAUUGAGGAGGAAGAGAAAGCUGAGUAGUGAUGAUCAUCAAGAGUUGCAAGAAAUAAGUGCCAAAGCAGAGAUAUUCAGCUAUGCUGAAGUGAGGAAUGCUACAGAAGACUUUAAUCCUGAUAAUAAGCUUGGACAGGGAGGAUUUGGAUCUGUUUAUAAGGGAAAGGUUUCUGAUGGAAGAGUAGUGGCAGUGAAGCAAUUAUUAGAAGCAUCUCGCCAUGGAAAACGCCAGUUUAUGACAGAGAUUGCAACAAUAUCUGAAGUUCAACACCGAAACCUUGUGCAACUCUAUGGCUGUUGUAUUGAGGGAAACAAUAGGCUCUUAGUUUAUGAGUAUCUGGAAAACAAGAGCCUUGAUCAAGCACUCUUCGAGAAGAAAAUUUUCCUUGAUUGGUCUACUCGGUUCGAAAUCUGUUUGGGGACAGCAAGAGGUCUAGCAUAUCUUCAUGAGGAAUCAAGGUUGCGAAUUGUGCAUCGAGAUGUGAAGGCUAGCAAUAUUCUGCUUGAUGCUGAUCUCAACCCAAAGAUAUCAGAUUUUGGUCUGGCCAAGCUUUAUGAUGACAAAACGACUCACAUCAGCACAAGAGUUGCCGGCACCAUUGGUUAUCUUGCACCAGAAUAUGCCAUGAGAGGACAUCUGACAGAAAAGGCAGAUAUCUUUGGAUUUGGAGUUGUUGCUUUAGAGGUUGUUAGUGGCAGGGGAAAUUGUGAUCACAACCUGGAGCCAGAAAAAAUUUAUCUCCUUGAAUGGGCCUGGAAUCUGAAGGAGAAGAACUCUUUGCUGGAGAUGGUUGAUCCAAUGUUGCCAUCAUUUAACGAGGAGGAGGUUGGGCGAGUAAUCAGUAUUGCCCUUCUCUGCACUCAGGCAUCACCAGCACUGCGACCACCUAUGUCACGGGUGGUGGCUAUGCUUGUAGGUGAUAUCGAUAUAAAGGAAGUCACUUCAAGACCUGGUUAUUUGACUGACUGGAAGUGGAAGGACACGAGUAGCUAUGCCAGCAGCAGUAAUGCUGGAAUCUCAACAGAGAUCUCUUUUCACGUUCAACAAACAGAGCCAUCCUUGGAAACUGAAAUCAAAGAAAGCUAUUCUCCUUCACCCUCUGAGCCAAUUCUCUAUAGGGUCACUUCCGAGGGAAGGUGAUAUACGUAAUGGUGUUAAUCUAGACCGCGGACAUCAUGACUUUUGAGGACAAGAACAUUACAAGUUUGGUGAACA